AUGGCAUCCGUCGCUCCGGCGUAUCAGCAGCACCUGCCAAACGGCAGCUUCAGCGACCCGCUGCGGGCGCAGAGGGACACGGUGGAAGAUUUUACCGGCUUCCUGCGCUACCUGGAGCAGUUUCCAGAAACUGCGGGCGACGAGAUUACGGUGGACGUUUAUGUGCAGUCCUUCGUGCAGGAAUUGUUGCCUUGUUUGCCCUAUGCAUUGCAAAAGUAUCGUACUCGUAUACAUGCAUCACAAAUUUCCUCAGCGUGAGAAAUAAAAUUUGUAAUGCAGAUUUACCUUAGAAAGAAGAUUUGUAAUGCAUGAUUGCAAUACGAGUGCGAUACUUUUGCACAGGAUAUGCCCCUUGGGCCCCAGCGCAAGCAGGUGGAGGAGCGGAUUUCCCGCUGGGAAGCGCAGCGGCUGCAGCACUUGAAAACUCGAUCGCAACAUCAAGAGCAGCUGCAGCAAGUCGGGCUGAUAACAAGCGGGGCGUCGUCGUCCUCCCGCAGGAAUAGCAAGACUGGUUUGUUGACAGAUGAUGUUGAUGAUGCGGAUGAAGCGGAUAUAAUUAUUGCAAGCGAUGAGUUUGCCAGUGCACCUGCUCGAAGCAGUGGCGUAGAAAGCGACUUUGACACCUUGCAGAGCUUUGCGACAGAAAAGCCGGGGACUGAAAUAACAAGUGAUGGAGUAGACAUAAUAGGAAUAGCAGCCACGACAACCGGGAAUAGAUCUUCUUCUUCAGCUUCACCCCCUGCUGUGGUUGCAGAAGUGGUGAGUAGCAGUCUGUCGCUCCAAGAAUAUCGAAAGCAGAGGCUUCUUGCAACUUCUGCGACCUCCGGCUCGAAUAUGAAAACAACGGCAAUGAAAGGCAGUGGUGUAGUACAUGAUGCGCUCAGCACUGCCCCGUCGACGCCGAACGCCUCGUCCUAUCGAGUAGAUGACGAGAAAAAAUUGGACGAGGCCGAGCGGGAGGAGAUGCUGGCAACGGUAGCGAAUUCCGUGGAGCAGAUGGUGGGGAUUGCGCACGGUAUUGGCGGGAGGCUGCAGGAAGACAACCAGUUGCUGGACAAAAUCAACGAAGAUUUUGACAAGCGGACGGACAGCCUGCAGGCCAAGAACCAAACGGCGCGGGACAUGCUGUGGAGCAGCAAGAUGGGCUUCUUCACGCAGGUGUUCCUGUUCGCGGUCAGCGUCGUGGUUUUUUUCCUCAUGGUCAGCUUCAUUUUCGCGACCAAAAUCAUCAAUUGGUGAUGGAAAGUGACACACUUCUUCUUCCAAAAACGACAUAAUUUGAUGGGGACCCAGAUCACGCAUUGGGGUUUUUCAAAAGUUGUAAAACUGAAGCGACAACUGAAGCGAUUUGAUGAUGGGCCCUCAACAAGCGACCCCCGUGUAAUAU